GGACACAGAGGAGGCAACAUGGACCUGUGGGCCGUGCUGCUGCUCGCUCUGCUCGCCGACACUUUGGCUUCAGACGACUCAUGUUUGGACCGCUGUGAAAAUGGCUUUGACGCCCGGAAGAAGUGCCAGUGUGACUCCAUGUGCAAGUACUACAAAAGCUGCUGCUCUGACUUUGAAUCCACCUGUAAUAUGAUGACUCGCGGAGACACAUUUCAGUUUGCAGAAGAUGAUUAUUACGAUGGGCAAUCUGAGAGCACGCCUCAGCCCACACGUCGUUCAGCACGCAACCAGCUGAGGCCUACACAACCGCCGGACUUCAAUCCCAGAGCGCAAGAACGCCCUGAGACCACGCUGGAAAUGACCAGACCGACCAGACUGAGAGUCUCUAACAUCCCGCCGACACGUGCGGCACACCCAGACACCCACACAUUGGAGGACUCCAUCACGACCAGCGCAGCAGCCGAGGUGACCACCGUUCCUGUCACAACAGCCACCACUGUGGCCCCUGACCCAGAUGCUGAGGUCUGCAGUGGCAGGCCGUUUGACGCCUUCAUGCAGAUAAAAAAUGGCUCCAUCUAUGCUUUCAGAGGGGAGUACUUCUUUGAACUUGACCAGAAGGCAGUGCUCCCUGGUUAUCCAAAGCUCAUUAAGGAUGUGUGGGGCAUCAGCGGACCCAUUGACGCUGCGUUCACCCGCAUCAACUGUCAGGGGAAGACCUACAUCUUUAAGGGAAACAAGUACUGGAGGUUUGACAACGGCGUGCUGGAUGAUGACUAUCCCCGAGACAUCAGCGUUGGCUUUGACCGGAUUCCCGAUCAUGUGGAUGCAGCGUUUGCCCUUCCUGCCCACAGCCACCACGGCAAAGAGAAGGUCUAUUUUUUCAAAGGUGACCAGUAUUAUGUGUAUGAGUUUUUGCACCAGCCGUCUCACGAGGAGUGCAUCAAAAUGUCUGAGAGCUCUCCGUCCACUCCCUUCAGGCGCUACACUGAUGUGUACUACAACAACUAUGAGCGUUUCUUCGGCGAGCUCUUCUCUGACCUGCCUCAGCAUCAUAGUAAGCACCACUUCAUUAACAAGGACUGGAAGGGCCUCAGGUCUCCAGUGGAUGCUGCCAUGGCGGGCAGAAUCUACAUCAGUCCUAGGAGGUCGACGCGACGCCGCUACAACAGCCAGCAAGGCCAGCAGUGGGACCAGCAGUGGAACCAGCAGUGGAACCAGCAGUGGGGUCGGCGGAGACAAAAUCGUUCACCCUCCUGGGGCUCCUUUGCUGAGCAGGGAAUGAACAUGGGGCGGGAAUUUGCUGAAAGAGGGAUGGAAAUGGGUAUGAGACUGGCAGAGAGGAGGAUGGAAAUGGCAGAGAGGAGGAUGGAAAUGGCAGAGAGGAGGAUGGAAAUGGCAGAGAGGCUGGGACAAGCCUGGGACAGACGGUGGGAUCAAGACUGGGACCAGGACAGACGGAGAGAUCGUUAUGGCCAGAACAACAGAGGCAACUAUGACUCCAGAGAUGACCGAUACGGCUACGACUUCCAAAGGGAGAUGCCCAUACAGACCGUCUACUUCUUCAAAGAAGAUAAAUACUACAGAGUGGAUAUCAGGACUAAGAGAGUUGAUCCUGCUGUUCCUCCGUACCCCAGAUCCAUCGCCAAGUACUGGCUCGGCUGUUCGGACACCCCUGGAGCAGAGAAGAAGUAGUUUCCAGAAUUUUAGUUUGUUAUUUUGAUCAGUGUAACCCAGUUAGCAUAUAAUAGAGCUGUUGUUUUUACUGCAGUGGGCGGUGUUAGGGGUUAAAAGUGUCGAACAUGCGCAGUGUAACACACAGCUAGCUGACUUCAGCAAAUAUUGGUGUAUCGGUGAGAGUCCACAUGCAGCUUAGGGCCAAAGUUCAGCUGGCUGAUUUUCAGUCAGCUUUAUUAAACGCAGCUAAAGUGAAAAACAGAUUUAAAUGAGAGAGCCAGAGACAGCAACGUUUAUCAGUCUGAAAGCUAAACUCUGUUAAUGAUAAUUAAUCUGCAAUUAUUACUGUAUUCAUUACUUAUCGUGUAUUCUGAAUAAUGUAUCUACAAAAGCCAAAGUGUUUAUUGUCUUUUUAUUAAUCAUGGUCAUGUUUAUACAGUGAAAUAACAAUAUUAUAAAAUAUUAACACAGACUUCAGGGGAGGUUUAAUCCACCAGUGGUCACAAGCAGGGCAGUAAUGUGUUUAUAACCCCACAGCAGUGUUCGUGCGCUGUGGACUCGCAGGAAACUUUAACAUCGGGUCACAGAAGUACAAACAUUUUUACAAUUCCAGUUGUCUGACUGAUUUAUACGAUAGAAUAAACAACCCUGCCGGGCUUUUCCCUCAUGUGUAAAGCAUGUACUGAUUCUGAGUGAAUCGCGACUACAAUCUGUUACAGCCUGUUCUUACCUGAGUUUCAUCCAAGACUAAUAAAAUAUCCACAGAG